UACUCGUUGCUCUCUUUGUUCGACGACUACUACCGCUACUAUCGAGUGGUGAGUAGUGAGUUAUAGUUAUUACUUUUUAGUUAUAGUUACCACUGGCCAGUGGUGGGUACUAUAUUACCGUGACACUGCUACUGAUCUCAGUGGAUCUCAACCACGUCCCACAAUAAUUUAUUGUGGACAACACUUUUUUGACGAUUAAAUAUUAUCAUGUCCGAGUCGGGUUCUGUGAUAUUAUUACGUUCCGAGAACGUCACUAAUAAUCUCCAGACACUCUGGGCGUGUGCCAUUAUAUUGUCCACGGCCGUACACAAAGCAUAAAUUUAAUUUCACAACUGUAAACAAAAGAAACGCAAGUCUCACACGUCGUUUGAUUGCUUCUGGUAUGUAAUACAGCAGUCACUGUUACUUGAUUAGUGUAGAUCGAACGUAAACAUGCCUGUGGCAAUGAAUCGGAGACGUGUGAGCAAUUUCACAUACGUCAGUCCAUGCGUCAAGUAUAUGAUAUUUUUGCUGAACUUUCUGUUUUGGUUGUUUGGCGGUUUGUUGGUGGCAGCCGGUACAUUUGCGUUUUACGAAAAAUGGAAUACUAUGGGUUCCAUCAAGUUGAACACAUUCUCAGACGUCAUACUUAAUAUAUCACUAGUUCUGAUUAUAGCUGGACAGAUCAUAUUCAUUGUUAGUUUUGCCGGAUGUAUUGGUGCUCUACGUGAAAAUACAACACUUCUUAAAUUUUACUCAUUGUGUCUUUUAAUAUUCUUUCUACUUGAAAUGGGAAUUGCAAUUAUUGGAUUUGUAUUUCCACACAAUAUGCAAGCUACUCUGGAAGAGUCAUUCACUGAUAAAAUUAUUCAUACUUACCGUGAUGAUCCAGAUUUACAAAACCUCAUAGAUUUUGCUCAGAAAGAAUUUCAAUGUUGUGGACUUAGUUCAGAAGGAUAUAUUGAUUGGUCCAAAAAUGAAUAUUUUAACUGCACAUCGCCAAGUGUUGAGAAGUGUGGGGUGCCUUAUUCAUGUUGUAUCAAUGCAACAGAUAUUUCAAAAGGACUAGUAAAUGUCAUGUGUGGUUAUGGUGCUCAAGAUAGUUCUGUUGCUGAAGCUAGUAAAAGAGUUUGGACUAGUGGGUGUAUUGAAGUUAUCCGUAUAUGGGCUGAAAGAAAUUUAUAUACAAUUGCAGGAGUAGCAUUAGGUGUUGCUUUAUCGCAGCUCCUUAUUAUCAACUUAGCCAAAACCUUAGAAGGGCAAAUUGACUUACAAAAAUCCAGAUGGGCUUCUUGAAAAAUAAUUAAGGUUUGGGAAACAAGAUAAUGUUUUCAUAAUAUUAUUUUAUAGUAUAAAAAUAAUAUUGUAUUUAGUUACUACAACAAUUUUUUAAAAAUCUAAAUUAUUACAUAAGUGGUGUUUUAUAAAAAAAAAAAAACUAUAUUUUAAUUAUUUAAAUUUUGUUUAUAUUUUAUCAAUUUGUAAUUAAUACCAUUUAAACUAUUUUUUACUUGUUUUUUUUUUAUAUAUAUAUAUAUACAAUUUAUAUGUUUAUAAUUUUUAAUUCUGACAAUUUUUUUUUUUCAUCACUUAAAUAUAUUUCAAUUUUUUUAACUUAGUCAAUUCAAAAUUAAGGUUGUAAAUAAUAUAUUAAUUAAGUUUGAAAUCGCCCUGUGAUAAUGGGCUCAACUAUCUGAGAAAUGUAAUAAAAAUUAUAUAAUAUUUUGUCUUUUAGUCUGUUCUAAAAUGUCCAUUAUUUUAUAACAAUUAUAUUGAUUAAGUUGCUUAAUAUAAAAUAAGUUUAUCUAUAGUUUAUACUUUUAUUUAAAAUGCCAAUUAUAAUCUCUUACUUCACAUUUAGUAUUUUACAAUUUAUUUGUUGCUCAUUCAUUGUUAGUUUGUUAAUGAAUACUAUGUAAUUCCUAUAUUAUUUUGUAAUUUAUUAUUUAAAUUGAAUCAUAAUUCACUAUGUUAUAUUGAUUUAAACAUAUUAUCAUUAAUACAUAUUAAAAACAAAUGAAAAAUAUAAUUAUGCAUUGCAUAUUUAGAAUAUUAUGUAACUAAAAUAGUGGGUACUUUCAUGAUUAUUAUAUAAAAUACCUACUAUUUUUGUAAAGCGAAUUUCAAAUCCCCUGCAUAUUUUAUACCAACAUCACACUUUAUUAUUUUAUUUAUUUUUAUUGUUAAUUACAUGAUAAUUAAUUUAUGAUUUGUUUAUUAUUUUACAAAAUUAUUUUUAUAAUUAUUUUUAAAUACUUAAAGGAGCAUACAAUACAAAACAAUUUUCUCUUCAAAUUAUUAUAUAUGUUAAUUUGUAGUGUUCUAUCUAUUAAAAACAGUUUGGUAAAAAUACAUUCUAAAAAAUAAUUUUAUUUUAAAAAUAUUAAGAUAUUUAGAUUAUCUGCCUGAUGUCAUCUUAAGUAAGCUCGGUAAUUGCCCAUCUUACACAUAUAAAAGUUGCUUGCUUCACAUGUUGUUAUAUUAAUUUACAUACUCAAAAGUUAUAUUUUGGAUGUUUGAUUUCUGAAUGUAUGAUUUGUAUGUCAAAGACAAACAAAAGAAUUAAAAUUUCAAUACAGUGUUUAGUAUUCUUUAAACAUUUAAAAUAUUUAAGGUAGGUAUAAGCCGGUGUUUCUUUGUAGUGUCACAAUGAAUGAAUGUUGCUGUUGUAACAAGUGUAUGUGUUUAACAAAAAUUACUCUUAGGAUUUUAAAUAUUUAAAAAAUACUACUUAAUAAAAAUGUUGAUUCAAUUGCCAUUGUCUAAACACAUAAUACUUGAAAUAAAAAUUCAAGAAUAUAGUUUUAAGAUAUACUUAAUUUAUUGUGUGAAGUAAAUAAAUUGUAUGUGUUAAAUAGAUAAUUACGUCAAACCCGGUCCAUGACAUCAUGUGGCUUUUAUAAAUUCCUCGCAAUUCAUAACGUAUUGAAUAAUUUGAGUAAAAAUGUGAAACCUAUUCCAUUUUUCUUAUAAUUGAAUACACUUUUAAACAAAAAAAAACUAAUUUUUUUGUAUAGCAUGCUCCUUUAAAAAGUAAUUUAAAAAUAUAAUCUAAUGUAUUUUUAUAUAAUAUUGUAAUAAGUGUUUAUACAUAGUAUGUGUGUAUUAUAGUAAAGUUAAUAAUACCUACUAAUUAAGUGUGAUACAUUUUUAUUAAUUUUUUUUACUGUUUAGAUUACCAAAGAUAAUAUAUAAACAAUUAAAAAUAUAUUUUUAACACUA